AUGGGAAAUCCUUUUUCAUAAUUAACAUCUAAUCAGAAACCUUUAUAUCUCAUGAUAGGAUUGGAUGCUGCAGGAAAAACAACUAUUUUAUAAAAACUAAAAUUAGGAACAGUGGAAAGCUAAACUCCAACGAUAGGAUUUAAUAUAGAAAAAAUAUAAAGUAAAAAGUUUGAUAUAAUAUCUUGGGAUAUUGGAGGAGCAGAUAAAUUAAGAAUAACUAUGAAACCUUAUUUUUAAGAUAGUAAAGGAAUAAUUUAUGUUAUUGAUUGUUUUGAUAAAGAAAGAAUGGAUGAUGCAAAGCAUCAAUUACAAAAAAUUUUGCUUGACUCUUUACUUAUUGGAUAACCCCUUUUAGUUUAUGCAAAUAAAUAAGACCUAGUAAAAAUGAAUUCAAUAGAAUUAGCUAUAGAAUUGAUGAUACAAAAUCUUUCUAAAAAUUGGCAUAUUUAACCAUGUUGUGCAAUUACUGGUGAAGGGCUUUAAGAUGGGUUAAAUUGGAUUCAAAAAUAACUAUUGCUCAAAUGA